AUGUCGAAUUCUACUAAAACGCGCGAUUCCGCUCUCAAUGCCAUUAAACGGUAUAUGGCAAAAAGUAUUGAUGAGGCAUUCACUAUGGAUGCAGAGAAUAUUGCAAGCUACCUUCAGUUAUUGAGUGAACAGUGGGUUCGUUUUAACGUUGCGCAAGACGCUGUAGAAAUUACUUGUGGGGCCGAUGUUAUUGAAAUUGAAGAAAAUGUGCGUAUCCAAGCCGAAACUUGGUACUCUACAGCUUCAGCUAACUUUAGCCGCGUGAAAAAUUGUCGUACUAAAUCGCAAGAUAGCUCCACAAAGGCAUCUGUGUCCACGGUUAUACGUUUACCGAAAAUGGAGUUGCCUACAUUCUCCGGUGACUCUACAGAAUGGAUUGGUUUUUUCGACGCAUUUUCUUCGUUAGUUGAUAAUAACUCUGCUUUAUCAGAUGGACAAAAGUUGCACUAUCUCCGAAGCUGCUUGAAAGGUGACGCGUUGAAAAUGAUCAGUGGUUUUAAAAUAUGUGACACAAAUUACGUUGAAGCUUGGGGUCUAUUAACAUCGCGGUAUAAGGUUAUUCGUGUAAUUGUGGAAUCUCAUCUUCGCGCGUUGGCUGAAAUUAAAAGGGCUACGCAUGACAAUGCUGACGCAAUCAAAGGUGUAAUUGAUGCGUUCCAACAGCAUAUUCGCGAGCUUAAAGCGUUGGGUCGUCCGAUUGAUUUUUGGGAUGAUUGGUUGGUACAUGAGGUCGUCAGUAAGUUGGCAUUCGAAACGCGUAAGCAGUGGGAGUUAUCGCUCGUUAGUGAUGAUCCUCCAUCUUUUGAGCAACUAAUAACAUUUUUAGAGAUAAGAUGCCGAUCGUUAUCGAUGUUUUCGUCGUCAACAACAUCAGUACCAAUUAAGGUUAAAACUGCAUCAGCAAGCAAGUCGACAAAUGUGUUCCACGCGGUAUCAAAACAAAGUAACGUGUGUGCAUAUUGUAGUGGACCUCAUAAAAUUUACAGUUUUGAAAAAUUUCGUGAAUUGGACUUGUCUACAAAAUCACAGUUCGUGAAGCAAGGUCGCAUAUGCUUCAACUGCUUAAGUUCAGGUCACUAUAAAGACCGUUGUAACAGUGCUUCCACUUGCCACAUGUGUAAACAACGUCAUCACACUCUGUUGCACGGUGCUUUGCAGUCAACGACCGUUACCGCAGUAAACAAUUACAUCGGCACCGCGACGCAUUCGUUAUGCGCUGCUGACGCCACAUCAAAGGUAAGCGCAAAAACUUUUGAAUUUCCAGCAAGCGUCGACGUUCCACGCGUUUCUUCAUGCUUGAACUCGAGCUCCAAUCCACCCAUAGCUGUAGAAAGAGUUGUGCUGUUAUCCACCGCAUUAGUGAAGGUACGCGACUGUUCUGGUAAUUGGCAGCCCGCACGUGCACUUUUCGAUUCUGGAUCAGAUGCUUCCUUUGUAACCGAAGCGUGUGUGCAACGCUUAGGCCUGCCGCGAUCAACAUCUGAAGUUAACAUUACUGGAAUUGGGUCAGCACAAGGAGGACGAGCUAGAGGGGAAGUAUCACUUUCUCUUUCUUCUUUCUCCACAAAUCAAUGCUUUAGUGUCAAAACGUUAAUUCUGUCUAAAAUUACAAGCGACUUGCCAACACAGACUAUAGCUACUUCAUCGUGGCUACAUAUCCGAGGUUUGUUUUUAGCCGAUCCCCAUUUUAUGAAGCCUGGACGGGUCGAUAUAUUGAUUGGAAUGGACGUUGUGGAUCAACUGAUCUGUACAGAACUUCGUAAGGGUCCAUCUGGAGCUCCUAUGGCUCAACUGAUGGUCUUUGGGUGGACUCUGUUUGGAAGCGUGAAUGGAUCUGAGCCUGAUAUGCCACGCUUACAGUCGUUACAUUGCGAUGUUCAUUUGGAUCGAGCAUUGAACAAGUUAUGGGAGUUAGAGGAAGCUCCGCAAAAAACGUAUCUUACGCAUGAGGAGCGUUACUGUGAAGACCAUUUUGAAACAACGCAUCGAAGGGAACCUAACGGGCGGUUUGUCGUCGAAUUGCCGCUGAAACCCGAUGUAGCUCUGGGAGAGUCGCGAAACUUUGCUAUCCGGAAUUUGUUACGACUUGAAAGAAGACUCGCUUGUGACUCCGAUCUUCGUUUACGCUACAAUGAAUUCAUGAAUGAACUCAUUGAUAUGAAACAUAUGCAGGUCACGUCAGAGACUAUGAAUCCAACAACACACCGCUAUGCUGUAACGGCAGAUGUCGCCAAAAUGUAUCGUCAAAUCUGCGUAUCCUUAAAACACGCCGAUUUGCAACGCAUCGUAUGGCGUAGCCACCCAUCCCUGCCUAUCCAAGAUUUUCGCAUGGUUCGCGUAACGUACGGAGUGGCAGCUGCGUCUCAUCUAGCUGUCCGAUCACUUCAACAGACGGCAAGAGAUUCGUCGAAUGGUUGUGCUAGGGCUGUUAGUGUUAUUCUCAAGGAUUUUUACAUGGAUGAUCUAGUUACUGGUGCAUCUAGUAAAGAAGAACUUCGAUUGUUGCAGCAAAAUAUUUCCGAAAUAUUGAGGGAAGGGGGGUUUGAACUUCGUAAGUGGGCAUCGAACUGCGCUGAACUAAUCGCAAGCAUUUCCAAUGCAUCUACGAACAUAUCACAUUAUAUUGUCGACGAUAAGGAUGUUCACGCUUUAGGUCUUAUCUGGAACACAGAAGGAGACUACCUCACGUUUACUAUUAACUUGAGGGAACAGCCAGUUAAGUUGACCAAGCGCAUGUUUCUAUCAGAUGCAAGUACGCUCUUUGGUCCUCUGGGCCUACUUGCUCCCGCUACUAUAAAUUCAAAAAUUUGGUUUCAAGACAUAUGGCGCACUAAGGUAGGUUGGGAUGAUAUCAUUCCUGAGUCUAUCGCAACGAAGUGGUUGGAGCAUCGCAUAGAACUCAAGCAACUGGCACAUUUGAAGGUGAAACGUUGGUUUGGUACUGAAGUAGCUGGGUCAUUUACGCAAUUGCACGUAUUCGCAGACGCGUUCGAGCGCGCUUACGCCGCCGUUUUGUAUGCACGAGCAAGACAAAGCGACGGUAGCAUUAUUGUGUCAUUAAUUUCGUCGAAAACCAAGGUAGCUCCGCUUAAGCCGACAACGUUGCCACGUCUUGAAUUAUGCGCCGCUCAUCUUGCUGCUAAACUAGUGCGAAGCGUGCUGCACUGCUGGUCUGAUCUCCGUUAUCCGCUUUUCGCUUGGACUGACUCUACUAUAACAUUGGCAUGGUUACAAGCUCACCCCAGCAGAUGGGUGACAUUUAUAGCCAACCGCGUCGCUGAUAUUCAAGAAGUUUUGCCUCCCGAAUGUUGGAACCACGUUCGUUCUGAACAGAAUCCUGCAGAUUGUGCUUCAAGAGGUAUAACUCCCUCCGAAUUAUUACGUCAUCAAUUGUGGUGGGCUGGCCCUAUUUUCCUGAAAAGUACUGAACAAUUGUGGAAGCAGAAAAAAUCUAAAGAGCACACUACAGAGCUGGGCAUACGAAAGAGUAUUCGUGCCCAUGUGAUUAAUUCUACAGAUUAUUGGUCCGUGAUGACAAAAUACUCAUCGUAUUCUAAGCUGCGUCGAGUUAUUUCCUAUGUUUUACGUUUUUUGACUAACAUUCGGGCUAACAGACGGCUUAAUGUUAUAAAGCGUUUUGGUACACCGAGCUGCCAAGAGUUAUUUGAAGCUGAACUUCGCCUAAUAAGCGCUAAAAGACCAAUCCCACUUCGCAGUAGUCUUUUGCGUCUGCAGCCCUUUCUGGAUGGAACUUGUGUUCUACGUGUUGGAGGAAGAAUAAAAAAUGAUGAAGUCGCUCCAGAUGUUAGGCAUCCCAUUAUCUUGCCUAAGAAUUGUCCGCUUGCUAAGUUAAUAAUCUGCGAAAUACACAAGGUCACUUUGCACGCUGGGCCCCGCAUUAUGCAAACUGUCUUGCAACGUCGUUAUUGGGUUAUCGGCGCUCGUAGCUUGAUCCGUAAUAUAUACCAUAAGUGCGUGAAAUGCAUUUAUUUGAACCGCAAUCUUACCACACAAGUCAUGGGUGAUCUACCUGUCAUUCGCACAACCUACGCCCGUUGUUUUACUCACACUGCUGUUGACUUCGCUGGACCUUACUUCUACAAAUUCACCCAAGGAAGAGGAGCUAAGGCUACCGAAGGCUACAUCUGUUCGUUCAUUUGUAUGUGCACUGGUGCGAUGCAUCUCGAAUUUGUUGGUGACCUGUCAACACCAGCUUUCCUAAAUGCGUUUAAAAGGUUCACAAAUCGUCGAGGUUUUCGUAAGGUCAUGACAUCAGAUAACGGUACAAAUUUCGUUGGAGCCGAGAAGGAGUUGCGCAUUGCAUUUCAACAGUGCAUGGCUGAUAUUAAACUUCGCUCUUUCUUUGCGGACUCGAAUAUCGAAUGGCGAUUUAAUCCACCGGCUGCACCCCAUAUGGGAGGUUACUGGGAGACCGGAGUCAAACGUGUUAAGUAUCAUUUAAAACGCGUAUUAGGAGAAGUUCCACUAUCAUACGAAGAGUUCAACACACUUUUGACUGAAAUAGAAGCUUGCGUAAACUCUCGCCCACUCUGUGACAACUCUGAAGCUGUUGGUGACUUAGAAGUUUUAACUCCCGGACAUUUCAUAGUCGGUGAACCGCUUAAGUCAAUACCGGAACCUGAGGGUCAAGGGUUUCGUGGAAAUCUUCGACAGCGAUGGCAAGCAAUUUCUUAUCAUAGUUCAAGGGCGGCGGUAUGUUGA